AUGCUUACGUUAGUCCUUAUUCUGUUCGCCUUUCUCAUCUGCCGGUCUUUCUAUCGGCUGUAUUGGCACCCUCUCUCUCGCUUCCCUGGCCCUAAACUCGCCGCUGCCUCCAGAAUCUACGAAUUCUACCACAACGUGAUCCAUACCGGCAGAUACAUCUGGAAAAUCGAGGAGCUGCAUAGGAAAUAUGGUACGUCAGAUGCUUUUGUUCCGGAAUGGACUAACUUCUCAGGAUCAAUCGUCCGCGUCGGCCCCAACGAGGUUCACAUCAACGACCCAAGUUACUUCUCCGAGAUCUAUCCAGGCAAUAGCCAGAAACGCAACAAGGACAAAUUCUAUCUUCGCAUGCUGAUCACCCUGUCAGACAGCACCGUCGCCACGGGCGAGCACGAACUGCACCAGAAGCGGCGAAACCAUUCCCUCAAGCAUUUCUCGAAGAAGUCGAUCGUGGACAUCGAGCCUCGCCUCAAACCAUCCAUCGAGAAGAUGAUGGAGAUCGUGCAGCAGAGGGGAAGCACCGGCGCCGUCUUCUGCCUCGACUCGCUGGCGAUGGCAAUGGGCACCGAUGUCACCUCCGAGUACCUCUUCGGCCUGCCCUUGGGCUUCCUCGACACCCCGGACCGCGCCAAUACCAUCAAGGAUGUGCUUUUCUCCAUGAGUCAUUACGGCCCCUUGAUGACGUUCAUCCCAUUCGGCGACAGGCUGCGCCACCUCGUUCCCACGUCCUUCAUCGCCCGUGUGUCCUCGGAUACCAGGGUCGUCCUGGAGAAUGAGCGAGUCAUUCGAGAUAUCUGUGCACUGAAACUGCAAGCCCCAGCUACGCCUUUCUCCAAGUUUACUCUGGUUGACUCGCUCAAUGAUCCGACGCUCCCACCGUCGGAGCGCACGCUGGACCGCAUCACCGCGGAGAGCAUCCAGUUCUUGCUCGCCGGGACAGAAACAACAGGGUGGGCGAUUGCGGUCACGAUGUUCCAUCUGCUGAGUGAGCGCCCCAUGCUCCUGCGACUGCGUGAAGAGAUAAAACAGGUGCUGGUGCGCGCAUCAGACUAUCCCAGCUGGACAGCCCUCGAGGCUCUUCCGUACUUGCGGGCGGUUAUUCUAGAAGGGCUCCGACUCUCUCUCGUUACGAUCAACCGGUUCCCCCUCUACGACACGGAGAACACGCUCGUGUACAAAGACUGGGCGAUUCCACAAGGGACCUCAGUCAGCCAAUCCAUGUGGUUCGUGCACAUGAACGAAGAAAUCUACCCUGAGCCAAGCAAGUUCAACCCGGAGCGCUGGUUAUCAGCCGGGGAAUCUCUCAUGAGAUACUUUGUUCCUUUUCUCCGGGGCUCGCGGGACUGUAUGGGCAAGAACCUGGCGUAUGCGGAAAUGUACGUGGUGGUUGCCUUGCUCGUCCGACGGUUCGACAUGGAACUCUACGAGACUGGCCUGCCGGAUGUGACGCCCUACCGCGACGGUAUGAUUACGCAUAAGGCAGAUGGCAGCCAGGGGGUUCGUGUGACGGUGACGAAGGUGUUGGCUGAUUGA